CAAAUAUAUUAUUUAAUAUCAUUAUUUAUUUAUUUUUUAAUGUUUUGUUCCUUUGUAUUCGAAUUUCUUUUGAAGUUCCACUCAUGGUGGAAAUUAUUCAUAUCCACGAAUUCAACGUAUUCUCAUUCUUGUUGAAUAGACUAGUAAUAAAUUGACAGAAAGAAAAAGACAUUGUUAAGCAUGUGGGAUUGUGGAUCGAUAUGGACAGUGGCCACAUAGAGGUGAUAAAAUAGAAGGAAGUAUGUCGAUCGAUAGGGAUGUAUUUGUCAUCGCAACCCGCACCCGCAAAAAAGCAGACUACAAUAGCUUCCAUGGGAUUAUCCAAAUUCAAAUUACUAUUUAAACUUCAGCAAAACAUCAUUGAAUCGAAGUCGAUCAACCAGGGGAAAGCGUAGAUCGUCCAUGGAAGGAAAAUCGAAUCAAGAUAAAUCGAGCAUUGAUAAAGAAUUACAAACCAAGUUACUUCUUCACAGUGAUCAUGAUGAUAAGGGUGGUAUGAGAACCAUGCCAUUCAUCAUAGUGAAUGAAGCAUUCGAGAGAGUGGCGAGCGAUGGACUGAUGCCAAACAUGAUAUUCUAUCUGAUGGAAGUUUAUCACAUGGAAGCUGUAACUGGAACAAGCAUACUCUCGAUCUGGUCAGCACUUUCAAAUGGUCUCUCCAUUUUUGGAGCUUUCAUUGCUGAUUCUUACUUGGGUCGGUUUCGGGUCAUUGCUCUCGGGUCUCUCUCCACCCUCGUUGGGAUGAUUUUUCUAUGGCUGACAUCCAUAUUCCCACAGUUAAGACCUUCAUCUUGCGAUGAACUCAACACCAUUUGCAACCCUGCAACACCAACCCAACUCGCUUUACUCUUUUCAUCUUUUGGUCUACUCUCGAUUGGAUGUGGUUGCAUCAGACCAUGCUCCAUGGCCUUUGGUGCAGACCAACUCACCAAUCAUCCAACCCAAAACAACCAAAGGCUCAUUGACAGCUACUUUAACUGGUACUAUGCUUCUGCAGCAAUGUCAAUGGUUGUAUCUUUUACACUAUUGAUUUACAUUCAAGAUGAGUAUGGGUGGCAGGUUGGAUUUGCAGUUCCUGUGUUGCUCAUGGUUUGUUCUGCUCUCAUGUUCAUGCUUGGAUCAUCUCUUUAUGUGAAAGUUAAAGUUGGUGAGAGCCCGUUUUCAGGUUUCAUUCAAGUUCUAGUUGUUGCUUUCAAGAACCGGAAAGUGAAUCUUAGUCGUGAUGACUGCUAUAAUCAUAGCCAUGGAAUGGAUCGAGUUGAGCUAACAGAGAACUUAAGGUUUCUCAACAAAGCUUGCAUUAUUAAAGAUUCAAACACAGAUCCAUGGAAUCUCUCCACAGUCGAAAAGGUGGAAUCCCUCAAAUCCCUAAUUCGUAUAGCACCAAUUUGGUCUUCAGGAAUUCUACUAUUCACCACAAGUUCACAAAGCUACCCAACACUCCAAGCAAAAACAAUGAAUCGAAACAUCAUCUCAGGAAUUGAAAUCCCAGCUGCAUCAUUCGUCUUAUUCCUGGUCUUAACACUCACGAUAUGGAUCGCCUUUUACGAUCGUAUCUUAGUCCCGAUUCUAACCAAACACACACUUCAACCGCGUGGGCUCCACCCGAAAACCCGAAUGGGAAUUGGGCUAGUAAUCUCAUUCGUGGCUAUGGUGGUGUCCGGAAUCGUGGAAACCAUAAGGCGCCACAUGGCAAGGUCGGGUAAUGACAUGUCAGCGAUGUGGUUGGUCCCACAGUAUUCUUUGCUAGGAUUAGCCGAGGCUUUUAAUGCAAUAGGGCAGUUGGAGUUUUAUUACUCUGAGCUUCCGAAAAGUAUGUCAAGUAUUGCAGUGGCGCUCUUCAUGGUGAGCAAUGCGUUCUCGGGGCUUUUUGGAAGCUUUUUGAUCAAUGUUGUUGACUCUGUAACACGUGAAGGUGGUAAUGUAAGUUGGUUAUCGAGUGAUAUUAAUGAAGGACAUGUGGAUUAUUACUAUUGGUUGCUUGGUUUCUUGAGUUUGCUCAACUUUUUCUACUUCUUAGUCUGUUGUCGACUUCAUAGGAUUUUCUCAUUGUCUACAUGACCUCGAAGAAGGUCAACAUUAGGUUUUAGCAUCCAAUUACAAAUUGUGUAAUAUUGGAUACUUAUUCUAUAAAUAUUAUACGGAUAAUCCAAAAGAAAUUAAGUAUUUGAUUACA